AUGGGGUCCAGCUCCUCUUCCUAUGCCCCAAAAACCAUCUAUCUGGACGUGGAUGGCAAGGUUCAGAAGGUGGGUCGUCCUCGAUGAAGUUUAUAUUUUCUCUCUUUUCCCCAUUCCUUUUUCUGAAUUCCCCCACCCGAUUUCUAACUGAUACUAUUCUCUCCGGAUAAGGUGGGUCCACCUCUUUAUGAAACUUCAUAUAUAUUGUAUCUCUUUUUAUCUAUUCUUUUAUUCUUCAAAAACAUUUUAGAAUCCAUUAUCAGCUGGAUCAGCUGAGUUAACAGAUUGCACCAUUAGCUAUUUUUAUAGUCAGCAUUAAAUAGUGAACACCAAAAAUGAAUCUCUUAUUACCUAUCCAUGAGUUCCAUCCAUUUUUAUUAGCACAUAUAUCCUGGUUGACCAGAAAAUGAGAUCCACAGACACAGUAUCCAUGCUUUUCUCUUCUGUGUGAGAGGAGAUAUCCUCUGAGCUAGUCAGUGGGAGUAAUAGGGUCACUCCGUGGGGACUCCUGUAUCAGAGUUAGACUCUUAUCAUAGACAGCAUCCAAAUGACCUUGUGUGAUUACAUCUCUUCGAUCAUUGAGGUCGCUGGCUGCAAUGAUGGAGUCAAUCAAUAGACAGACAGUUGACUGGAUGGUGAAAUGGUGUCUAUUUUUUCUAGUAAUGGUAGGCUACAGGUAGGCUACAGUACAGUCAUGGUUAAAAGUUUUGAGAAUGACACAAAUACUAAAUUUCACAAAGUCUGCUGCCUCAGUUUUUAUGAUGGCAAUUUGCAUAUACUCCAGAUUGUCACGAAGAGUGAUCAGAUGAAUUGCAAUUAAUUGCAAAGUCCCUCUUUGCCAUGAAAAUGAACUUAAUCCCCUAAAAACAUUUCCACUGCAUUUCAGCCCUGCCACAAAAGGACCAGCUGCCAUCAUGUCAGUGAUUCUCUCGUUAACACAGGUGAGAGUGUUGACGAGGACAAGGCUGGAGAUCACUCUGUCAUGCUGAUUGAGUUAGAAUAACAGACUGGAAGCUUUAAAAGGAGGGUGGUGCUUGAAAUCAUUGUUAUUCCUCUGUUAACCAUGGUUACCUGCAAGGAAACACGUGCCGUCAUCAUUGCUUUGCACAAAAAAGGGCUUCACAGGCAAGGAUAUUGCUGCUAGUUAGAUUGCACCUAAAUCAACCAUUUAUCGGAUCAUCAAGAACUUCAAGGAGAGAGGUUCAAUUGUUGUGAAGAAGGCGUCAGGGCGCCCAAGAAAGUCCAGCAAGCGCCAGGACCAUCUCCUAAAGUUGAUUCAGCUGCGGGAUCGGGGCACCACCAGUGCAGAGCAUGCUCAAGAAUGGCAGCAGGCAGGUGUGAGUGCAUCUGCACGCACAGUGAGGCAAAUACUUUUGGAGGAUAGCCUGGUGUCAAGAAGGGCAGCAAAGAAGCCACUUCUCUCCAGGAAAAAUAUCAGGGACAGACUGAUAUUCUGCAAAAGGUACAGGGAUUGGACUGCUGAGGACUGGGGUAAAGUAAUUUUCUCUGAUGAAUCCCCUUUCCGAUUGUUUGGGGCAUCCGGAAAACACCUUGUCCGAAGAAGAGAAGGUGAGCGCUACCAUCAGUCCUGUGUCAUGCCAACAGUAAAGCAUCCUGAGACCAUUCAUGUGUGGGGUUGCAUCUUAUCCAAGGGAGUGGGCUCACUCACAAUUUUGCCUAAGAACACAGCCAUGAAUAAAGAAUGGUACCAACACAUCCUCCGAGAGCAAAUUCUCCCAACCAUCCAAGAACAGUUUGGUGAUGAACAAUGCCUUUUCCAGGAUGAUGGAGCACCUUGCCAUAAGGCAAAAGUGAUAACUAAGUGGCUCGAGGAACAAAACAUCAACAUUUUGGGUCCAUGGCCAGGACCUUAAUCCCAUUGAGAACUUGUGGUCGAUCCUCAAGAGGCGGGUGGACAAACAAAAACCCACAAAUUCUGACAAACUCCAAGCAUUGAUUAUGCAAGAAUCGGUUGCCAUCAGUCAUGAUGUGGCCCAGAAGUUAAUUGACAGCAUGCCAGGGCGGAUUGCAGAGGUCCUGAAAAAGAAGGGUCAACACUGCAAAUAUUGGCUCUUUGCAUAAACUUAAUGUAAUUGUCAAUAAAAGCCUUUGACACUUAUGGAAUGCUUGUAAUUAUACUUCAGUAUACCAUAGUAACAUCUGACAAAAAUAUCUCAUAACACUGAAGCAGCGAACUUUGUGAAGACCAAUAAUUGUGUCAUUCUCAAAACUUUUGACCAUGACUGUAUGGUCUGACUACUGUAAGAAUCAGGUGACCAAAUCAAAAGCUCAGCAAAGUCAUGUACUCUCUAUAGGUGGCUAAUGUUAUUGACACAAUGUGGGUUCAUUACGGCUCCACAGUUUGUGUUGGUUACCACACACCUAAUCUCGUUUACCAGUCAUUCUGUGCCCCUUGUUGCCUAUGUGCUCUAUUUUAUUUAUAUAUUUGUGGUGAAUAAGUUGUGAAUACUCCUCAAAACAUGAGUCAGGUAAGAGGCCUCUGAAAUAGCUGUGUUUUCAAGUUGUGGUAAAAAUAAACGAAGAGGUGUUUGUGGCAUACUUUCAACGAGCACCUGUUGCUAACAUGUUCUAUGCCUCCAUUGUUUUCUACUCCCCCUGAGUCUGAGGAAAAGUAGAGAUGGUCCUGUGUGGCUCAGCUGGUGAAAGCGCGUUGCUUCCAAGGUUAAAUUCCCACAAGGAUCACAUACAGAAAUCGUAUGCACUCACUGUACUGUAAGGAAAACAAGAAUUGUGUGGUGGACUAAUUCAUUAUCAAAGGGGGAAGAAACAGAACUUUAUAUUCGUGAGGGUAGAAACAUCACUAGCCUACCCAGUAUGUUCUUGUUAUCGCAGCUCCCGGGCCAUUGCACUGUAAGCAUGUAAUGCAGAUAGAUAACAAUAUAGGCUACUGUGUCUUAUAUUUGCUCUCAUCGUAUAAGCUUCAACAUUGUGAUGUGAGGGUCACCAUCUACUCAGAAGAUUGGGUGAUCUCGCUCUCUGAGGCCGACAUGAGUAAAGUCUUUAAUCAGGUCAACACGCGCAAGGCUGCGGGGCCCGAUGGUAUUCCAGGGCGCAUUCUCAGAGCAUGCGCAGAACAGAUGGCAGGCAUAUUCACGGUAAUUUUCAACCUCUUCUUGUCCUGGUCUGUAAUCCCAAAAUGUUUUAAGAUGACCACCAUCAUUCCUGUUUCCAAGAACUCUUAUGGUUUCAUGCCACAAUGACUACUGCCCUGUAGCGCUCACAUUUGUCAUCAUGAAGUGCUUUGAGAGGCUGGAUGUGCCGUGUGAUUUGGAGUCAGGCGCAGGAGGGUAAAUCACAGAAUAAAGGUUUAUUCCGUAUAUAUGUCUCCACCGAGCUGAAAUAACCACCACAAUAAACAAUCACACACAAAGACAAGGGGGCAGAGGGAACACUUAUACAGGUACUGAUGAGGGGAAUUGAAACCAGGUGUGUGUAAUAAACAAGACAAAACAAAUGGAAUGAUGAGAUGAGGAGAGGCAGUGGCUAGAAGGCCGGUGACGAUGAACCCUGAAGCCUGCCCGAACAAGGAGAGGAGGCAGCUUCGGAGGAAGUCGUGACAGUACCCCCCCUUGACGCGCAGCUCCAGCAGCGCGCCGACACCAGCCUCGGGGACGGCCAGGAGGACGCGGAGCAGGGCGAGCCGGAUGGCGACGGUGGAAAUCCCGCAACAGGGAGGGAUCGAGGGUAUCCCUCACCGGGACCCAACACCGCUCCUCCGGACCGUAUCCCUCCCACUCCAUGAGGUACUGAAGGCCCCCCACCUGAUGUCUCGAAUCCAGGAUGGAACGGACUGAUGUCCCUGAUGUCCCCCGAUGUCCAGAGGGGGCGGAGGGGGCAGAGGGACCACCCACACCUCAGACUCCUGGAGCGGACCAGCCACCACCGGCCUGAGGAGAGACACAUGAAACGAGGAGUUAAUAAGGUAAUCGGGAGUGAGUAGUAACCUAUAUGUAACCUCGUUGAUUCUCCUCAGGACUCAGGACAAACUGCGGGCUCAGUUUCCGGCAGGGCAGACGGAAGGGCAGAUUCCGGGUCGAGAGCCAGCCCCGAUCACCUGGUACAAAAACCGGGGCCUCACUGCGGUCAGCAUUGGCCUUCUGGCGACGCACGGCGCACUGGAGAUGAACUUGAGCAGCCUUCCACUUCUCCUCUGCGCGCCGAAACCAGUCAUCCACCGCAGGAGCUUCGGUCUGGCUCAGAUGCCAUUGUGCCAGAACCGGCUGAUAACCUAAGACACAUUGAAAGGGAGUUAGGUUAGUGGAGGAGUGGCAAAGAGAGUUCUGGGCAUAUUCGGCCCAUGGCAAGAACACCGACCACUCCCCCGGCCAGUCCUGGCAGUAGGACCGCAGGAACCUAUCCACAUCUUGAUUCACCCGCUCCACCUGCCCAUUAGACUCGGGUGAAACCCAGAUGUCAGGCUGACCGAGACCACCAGAUGUUCCAUGAACGCCUUCCAGACCCUGGAUGUGAUCUGGGGACCCAGGUCAGACACUGUGUCCUCUGGCACCCUGUAGUGCCGGAAGAUGUGAGUAAACAGGGCCUCCGCCGUCUGCAGGGCCGUGGGGAGACUGGGCAGAGGAAGGAGGCGGCAGGCUUUUGAAAAGCUGUCCACAACGACCAGGAUGGUGGUGUUACCCUGAGAGAGGGGAAGAUCAGUUAGAAAGUCAAUACACAGGUGGGACCAUGGCCGUUGUGGAAAUGGUAAGGGCUGUAACUGACCCGCUGGGAGGUGCCUAGGUGCCUUACACUGGGCGCACACUGAGCAGGAGGAGACAUACACCCUCACGUCCUUAGCCACCAGUACUGUCCGGUUAGGCAGCGCAAUGUACGACCAAUACCUGGGUGACCAGAGGAGGGAAACGUGUGGGCCCAAUAGAUCAGACGGUCACGGACAAGAGACGGCACGUACUGCAUCCCAGCUGGACACUGAGAUGGAGAUGGCUCUGUGCGUACCGCCCGCUCUAUGUCCGCGUCCAUCGCCCAUACUACCGGCGCCAAAAUGCAGGAGGCCGGGAGUAUGGGGGUGUUGUCUAUGGGCCUCUCCUCUGUGUCGUACAGUCGUGACAGCGCGUCUGCCUUCACGUUCUUCGUACCCGGGAUGUAUGACAGAGUAAACUCAAACCGGGUGAAGAAUAGGGCCCACCUGGCCUGGCGAGGGUUCAGCCUCAUCGCUGCCCGGAUGUACUCCAGAUUACGAAGGUCCGUCCAGAUGAGGAAAGUGUGUUUCGCCCCCUCAAGCCAGUGCCUCCACACUGUCAGGGCUCUGACUACAGCCAACAGCUCCCGAUCACCAACGUCGAAGUUCUGCUCCGCCGGGCUGAGCUUCUUGGAGAAGAAGGCACAGGGGCGGAGCUUGGGUGGCGUGCCCAAGCGUUGAGACAGGACAGCACCUACCCCUACCUUGGACGCAUCCACCUCCACUAUGAACGGUAGUGAUGGAUCGGGAUGGGCCAGUACCGGGGCUGAGGUGAACAGAACCCUCAGGUUACUGAAGGGCCUGUCAGCCUCAGCAGACCAGCGGAGCCGGGAUGGCCAACCCUUCAACAGAGAUGUGAUGGGAGCUGCGACCUUGCCAAAGCCCCGGAUAAACCUCCGAUAAUAGUUGGCAAAGCCAAUAAAGCACUGCACCUCCUUUACCGUGGUUGGAGUCAGCCAAUUACGCACGGCUGAAAUGCGAUCUCCCUCCAUCUCCAUACCUGAGGUGAUAUUGCGGUAUCCGAGGAGGGAGACGGACUGCUGGAAAAACAGACACUUCUCUGCCUUGGCAUGAAGGUAAUUUUCCAACAGUCGGCCCAGCACUUUGCGAACCAGGGACACAUGCUCGGCACGCAUAGCGGAAUGCACCAGAAUGUCAUCGAUGUAGACCACUACACCGUGACCAUGCAUGUCCCGAAACACCUCGUUCACAAAGGACUGGAAAAUGGAUGGAGCAUACAUCAAACCGUACGGCAUUACCAGGUAUUCAUAAUGCCCCGUGGUUGUGCUGAAUGCUGUCUUCCAUUCGUCCCCCUCUCAGACACGCACCAAGUUAUACGCACUCCGGAGAUCUAAUUUUGUGAAAAAGACGCCCCAUGCAUUGACUCGAUCACAGAUGGGAUGAGGGGCAGAGGAUAACUAUAACGUAUUGUCCCCUUGUUCAAUGCUCGGUAAUCAAUGCACGGGUGCAGACCUCUGCCUUUCUUCUUCACAAAAAAUAAGGGACAUAUGAACCCCUGGCGCAGGGACUCGGAGACAUACAGUUGAAGUCGGAAGUUUACAUACACUUUGGUUUUUCAACCACUCCACACAUUUCUUGUUAACAAUCUAUAGUUUUGGCAAGUCGGUUAGGACAUCUACUUUGGACAUGACACAAGUAAUUUAUCCAACAAUUGUUUACAGACAGAUUAUUUCACUUAGAAUUCAUUGCAUCACAAUUCCAGUGGGUCAGAAGUUUACAUACACUAAGUUGACUGUGCCUUUAAACAGCUUGGAAAAUUCCAGAAAAUGAUGUCAUGGCUUUUGAAGGUUCUGAUAGGCUAAUUGACAUCAUUUGAGUCAAUUCGAGGUGUACCUGUGGAUGUAUUUCAAGGCCUACCUUCAAACUCAGUGCCUCUUUGUUUGACAUCAUGGGAAAAUCAAAAGAAAUCAGCCAAGACUUGGUAGACCACCAAAAGUCUGGUUCAUCCUUGGGAGCAAUUUCCAAACGCCUGAAGGUACCACGUUCAUCUGUACAAACAAUAGUAUGGAAGUAUAAACACCAUGGGACCACGCAGCCGUCAUACCGCUCAGGAAGGAGACGCGUUCUGUCUCCUAGAGAUGAACGUACUUUGGUGCGAAAAGUGCAAAUGAAUCCCACAACAACAGCAAAGGACCUUGUGAAGAUGCUGGAGGAAACAGGUACAAAAGUAUCUAUAUCCACAGUAAAACGAGUCCUAUAUCGACAUAACCUGAAAGGCCGCUCAGCAAGGAAGAAGCCACUGCUCCAAAACCGCCAUAAAAAAGCCAGACUACGGUUUGCAACUGCACAUGGGGACAAAGAUCGUACUUUUUGGAGAAAUGUCCUCUGGUCUGAUGAAACAAAAAUAGAACUGUUUGGCCAUAAUGACCAUCGUUAUGUUUGGAGGAAAAAGGGGCUGGCUUGCAAGCCGAAGAACACCAUCCCAACCGUGAAGCACGGGGUGGCAGCAUCAUGCUGUGGGGGUGCUUUGCUGCAGGAGGGACUGGUGCACUUCACAAAAUAGAUGGCAUCAUGAGGAAGGAAAAUUAUGUGGAUAUAUUGAAGCAACAUCUCAAGACAUCAGUCAGGAAGUUAAAGAUCGGUAGCAAAUGGGUCUUCCAAAUUGACAAUGACCCCAAGCAUACUUCCAAAGUUGUGGCAAAAUGGCUUAAGGACAACAAAGUCAAGGUAUUGGAGUGGCCAACACAAAGCCCUGACCUCAAUCCUAUAGAACAUUUGUGGGCAGAACUGAAAAAGCGUGUGCGAGCAAGGAAGCCUACAAACCUGACUCAGUUACACCAGCUCUGUCAGGAGGAAUGGGCCAAAAUUCACCCAACCUAUUGUGGGAAGCUUGUGGAAGGCUACCCGAAAUGUUUGACCCAAGUUAAACAAUUUAAAGGCAAUGCUACCCAAUGCUAAUUGAGUGUAUGUAAACUUCUGACCCACUGAGAAUGUGAUGAAAUAAAUAAAAGCUGAAAUAAAUAAUUCUCUCUACUAUUAUUCUGACAUUUCACAUUUUUAAAAUAAAUGGUGAUCCUAACUGACCUAAGACAGGGAGUUUUUACUAGGAUUAAAUAUCAGGAAUUGUGAAAAAUGUAUUUGGCUAAGGUGUACGUAAACUUCCGACUUCAACUGUAUGUCUCCAUCGCCUCCGUUUCAGCCUGCGACAGGGGAUAUACAUGACUCCUGGGAGGCACAGCGUCUACUUGUAGGUUUAUCGCGCAAUCAUUCCCGCCCCGAUGAGGUGGUAAUUUGGUCGCCUGCGUUUUAGUAAACGCGUGCGCUAAAUCGAGGUAUUCGGGGGGGAUGCGCACGGUGGAGAAAGUGUCUGGACUUUCCACCGUGGUUGCACCAACAGAAACAGCUAGGCACCUACCCUGAUACUCUCGUGACCACCCCGUGAGAACCCUCUUCGACCAUGAAAAGGUGGGGUUGUGUAGUGCUAACCAGGGAAGACCCAACACAACAGGGAUAUGUGACGUUCUCUCUAUUGGUCCUUUGGGUAACCAUUGUGACUGGUGCUGUAACUUCCCUAACGAACCCUGACCCUAUUGAUCGACUGUCAAGUGCUUUGAUGGGCAGUGGAGUGGAUAGGGGAACCAAUUGAAUACCUAGACGGGCAGGCCACUCCCAGGACGUCCUCUAGCAGCCAGCAGGUUGUCCAACCGGAUGGCCAUGUCCACCAGCUGGUCGAAGGUUAACAUGGCAUCCCGGCAGGCUAGCUCCCUUCGGACGUCCUCUCGCAGGCUGCACCGGAAUCCGUCAAUCAGGGCCCGUUCGUUCCACCCGGACCCAGUUGCUAGUGUCCGAAACUCCAGGGAGAAGUCCUGCGUGGUCCUCGUCCCCUGCCUCUGUUGGACCAGACGCUCGCCCGCCUCUCUUUCUUUCCUUCGGGCGGGUGGUCGAAGACUGCCCGGAAGAGGCGAGCGAACUCCCCGUAGUUGUCCAACGCGGUUCCUCCUUCUCUCCAGACUGCGUUGGCCCACUCCAGGGCUUUCCCCGAGAGGCAGGAGACGAGGGCGGACACCGAUGGAGCCGGGCUGAUGUUCACGAAGUAGAGGUCCAGCUGCAGGAGGAAUCCCAGCUGGAGUGUGGGUGGCCAGAUCCGGUCGCUCAGCUGGUCCCGACGGGUCGGGUCCUCUCCUCUCCAGGCGUUAUACGACCUGGAGAACCUGAUCUAUCGCUUCUCCCAAACUGGCUAGCAUCCUGGAAUGCUGGUGGACCCGUGCCACGGCUCCAGGCAUGGGCUCUUCUCCUGCUGACUCCAUGGCGGGUGUGUGAUUCUGUGCCGUGUGAUUUGGACGGAGUCAGACGCAGGAGGGUAAAUCACAGAAUAAAGGUUUAUUCCGUAUAUAUGUCAAUACAAAGUACAUGGAGCUCCACCGAGCUCAUAUAACCUCCACAAUAAACAAUCACACACAAAGACAAGGGGGCAGAGAGAACACUUAUACAGGUACUGAUGAGGGGAAUUGAAACCAGGUGUGUGUAAUAAACAAGACAAAACAAAUGGAAUGAUGAGAUGAGGAGAGGCAGUGGCUAGAAGGCCGGUGACGAUGAACGCCGAAGCCUGCCCGAACAAGGAGAGGAGGCAGCUUCGGAGGAAGUCGUGACACUGGAUAUGUCACACAUCAACUCCAUCAUCCCAGACACCCUAGACCAACUCAAAUUUGCAUAUCGCCCCAACAGAUCCAUAGACGACACAAUCUCAAAUCACUAAGAACUUAAAAUGGGCCCUCAAAUCCUCAAAAAGGUCUACAGCUGUAACAUUGAGAGCAUCUUGACUGGCUGCAUCACUGCUUGGUAUGGCAAUAGUACCGCCCUCGAUCGCAUGGCGCUAGGGUGGUGCGGACAGCCCAGUACAUAAUUGGGACCGAGUUCUCUGCCAUCCAGGAGUAAAAGGAAGGCCCGGAAAAUCGUUAAAGACUCCAACCACCCAAGCCAUAUAGACUAUUCUCUAGUGCUGACCAAUGUUCUACAUAGUUUAGUGUAGAAAACAUGAUAAUUAACUACAAUGACCAUCACCCAUUGCGGGGCUAAACUUCUCCAGUCUGUGUUUAUUUUAUGCAUGCUAUGUAGGAUACAGAAGAAUGCGAGAUCAAGAAGGGGUACAUAGAGAGCAGUUUCUUCAAGAGGUAUCUCUACCUGAAAAUACAUGAUAAGUGAUUGAUAGUUGGUAUUCAGCAGUAAUAAAAGCAUGCUUUAUUUACUUUGAAGAACUACUAAAAUAUUGAUUUUGUCAGACAGCAUUGGCAGCAGCUCUAUAGAGAUGAGAUGAUGACUUGGAAUGAAAUAAUAAAGUCAUCAAAUAAAACAAAUGUAAUAUACACAACAACUGAAGUACUUGAUUAAAGUAAAGUAAUGUGAAUAAAUGAUUGUUAAUAAGUGAUGAACAGUAAUGGGCAGUCUCUACCAUCAUGGGACUUUUAUCCAUUGUUAUAUUCUGUGUUGUUACAGUAUUCAACCCUCAUAAUGCAUAGUGCAUUUAAUGUUUAAAAAUCGAAAAAUGAAGAUCAUUUUUUUAUAAUCUAACCGAAACCAAAACAACCUCAAAAAGCACUAAUCGCUCAGCACUACUGUUCUCUUGCUUCCGCACGGUUUGACCCCAACAACAGCUUCUAUCCCCAUGCCAUAAGACUGCUAAAUAGCUAACUAAAUAGCUAACAAAAUGGCUACACGGACUAUCUGAGUUGACCCUUGUAUUUUAUUCGUAUGUCUCUAUGCACACUCACAGGGCCCUACACACUUACCACACUGACACUCCAACACACAUACAAACACUUACUCCAUCAUUUGCUCAUACACACAUAAUAUGCACAUACAUUUAUACUGACUCUACACACACGCACACCCACUCACAUAGAAUCAUCAAAUACGCUGCUGCUACUCUGUUUAUCAUACAGUAUAUCAUGAUGCCUAGUCACCUUACCCCUAUAGAUAUUUACAUUUACAUUUACGUCAUCUACCUCUAUCAAUCCAGUCUCCCUGCACAUUGUAAAUAUGGUACUGGAACUGACUCUAUAUAUAGUAUGCUUACUUACUUUAUUGUGUUCUUCUUAUUUCUUAUUUUUUAUCUUGUGUGUUUUUGUUCUACCUUGUUAUUUUUUGCAUUACAUUGUUAUUGAUUACUGCAUUGUUGGGGUUAGAGCUUGCAAGAAAGGCAUUUCACUGUACUUGUGUAUGUGACAUUAAAACUGAUCUUAUAGAAUGUUGCAUAUUAUACAACGGGUGGGUUUAAUCAUGGAUGCUGAUUGGUUAAAACCCCUUUCCAGCCAGUGUCUAUUGCAAUGUUGCAUCUGGUAGCUCUUCAAAUAGCAACUCUUCUCUAAUGGAUAUGGCCUCCAAUUUCUUUGGCUCAUUAAAUCUUGAAUGCAUUCAGGGAUAAAAAUGGUCAAUUCCCUCUGCAUAUUUAAUCCAAUUAGCACAAGUGAAUCUACCAGAUUUUGUUACCUUUGAACACCGACUAGCCUAUGUCUUCAAGUCUGCUUUGAUUUAGGAUACAUAAGGCCAGGCACUUAGGAAGCACAGUAUACUUGUGACGACACAAACCCCUGUUGUUAUGGUGGCAUAGAGUGGUUCAAGUGGAGACCUGAAAGUGACACAUGUCCAUUCAAGGGCUCGAGAGUUUGAGGGAUUGUCUACUACAGCUGCUUGUGUAAAAGGUCUUCGUGUUGUUGGAGGCUAGCCAACAUCGCAAGCGUAGAUACACUUUACUUGACAAUUAAUCUCAGACAGACACAAUAUGAAAUUUUUUGAUGUGUGCCAUCAGUAUACCACAAAUAGGAACUGACAUUGUAUAAUCUGUUUUGGCAUUUCUGUGUAUAUAGUUGUGAUUUACAGAGAAUGAUACAAACUCUCUCACUGGGUUGAUGACGCAAGUAUUUGUUGCUAGUAUGCUGUUAGAGUGUCGUAUUAUCUACGAUAUUGGGUUGGUCCCUGACAAGGGUAGGCUACACUGUGUUUAGUUCACACACAUUUUCACACACAUUUUCAACUGCAGCCUUUGUGAUUUAGUCCUCAACAUUUUAACUCAUUACAUACAUGGCUCACUUGAAAAAGAGAUGUGGAUCUUAAUGUGACUUCCCUGUUUAAAUAAAGGAUAAAUAACAUUUAAAAAAUAGAAUUAUAAUAAUAAUAAUAAUAAUAAUAAUAUGCCAUUUAGCAGACGCUUUUAUCCAAAGCGACUUACAGUCGUGCGUGCAUACAUUUUUGUGUAUGGGUGGUCCCGGGGAUCGAACCCACUACCUUGGCGUUACAAGCGCCGUGCUCUACCAGCUGAGCUACAGAGGACCAGGAAUUGUUUUCUUCCCGCUCUCUUUCCACUUUGGACACUGCAGCCUUUUCUUUUUACAACAGACUCAGGUCUCACAGAGAGCUGAUUGUUUUCAGGUGGCUUGAGAUGCAUAGGGAGACAUAUAUGACGCUCACCUUUCGUCUGCCUUUUUUUCAGGUGGUUUUCAGUCGGCACUGCAGCCCAUGUGACAUCAAGGAGCUUCUUUGUUCCUCGUCCAACAUCCCCAGGUCAGUGACAUUUCAGCUGCAGCCGUCUCCUUCUCUCGUCUCUCUCACCACUCUCUCACAGUCACACGUCAGUUUAAAGUAUGCAUUACACACAACACAUUUGUUUCAGGUUCACUACGAACUUUUCGUCUCCCUAUCAUGACAGAGCUUCAUGAAUGAUAAGCAAACUUAAAGUAAACACCAAACGACAAGCUUAGCAUGUGUUUUAGAGCACGUUAACAAGAAACGUAGGUUGCAUUCUUAAUGAAACCCAUAUAGUGCACUACUUUUGUGCCCUGGUCAAAAGUAGUGCAGUUUGGGAAUAGGGUGCUAUUUGGAACGCAUCCUUAUUAUUUAUUAUUGUUGCUCCCCCUCCAUAGGAAUACUGCCAUCAUGAUGGUGGAUCCUGAAGGGGCCAUGGUGUCCAUAGACCCGACUAUGCCUACCAACUCUCCCAAGUAACAUGUCACCUUUACCCUAAUCACUGAAUCUCAAUGAUACAGUAUUUGCUCUAUUGAUCUCAGUCAUAGAAAAGCAUUCCUGACCAUUGAAUGCAUAGCCUUUGUACUAUGUGUAAAAAUAUUUUUCAAAUGUGAUGUGAACAAUGACUUGAUCAAUGAUGUUGGAUUUUCACUGACAUGUUUUACAGCUCCUUGUACAAAGUCAUUUCUUUGUCCACCGGUCAGCUAGGAGGUGAAGUACCAACGUGAUAUUUCAAAUUCAGCAACACUUUUUAACCUUUGACCUUUUAGUCCUUAAUUCAUUCUUACUCACAUAACUCACAUAAAGCUAUCACAACAAAACUUAAAAACAAUGUAAAAACAAUGUUAAAACAGAUCUGGGUACUAAACAUUUCUUCAUGUUUACAGGUAGCUUUUUGAUCACUAGGGUGAUUUAUUUAUUUAUUGUUUGCGCCCACAGAUAGAGAAGACAUGUUUCAAAACGUGUUAUCUCAGGUGGCAGAGCAGUUCAGCAGGUAAUUGGUGUGUUUAUGUUCCACUGCAGACUUUUCCCUUUCCGCAGCAAUACCUCCAUGACACCAGGGCCUUUCAAUCAAACCCCUUUCACAUAUUUUUGCAGGGCUUUCCGAAUCAACGAGCUGAAAACUGAGGUGACCAACAGACUUGCCAUGUUGGAGAAAAGAGUAGAGUGUAUGUGCAGGGUUUUUUGUUUGACUAUCGAUGUGUGUUUCUCUCUUUGUGUGUGUGUGUCUGUGUGUGUGUGCGUGUUUGUGCGCGUGUGUGUUGCUUCACUGUUACUGAAUUCACCACUUUAUGUACUAACAGUCAUGUUGUUGUUACAGUGGAGGGACUGAAGGUUGUGGAGAUUGAGAAGUGCAAAAAUGACCUAAAGAAACUACGAGAUGAGAUGACAUCCAGAGGAGGAGGGAGGUACGAUGACCUUUGACAUAAAUGACACUCACCAAGCUAUGCUUCAGAUUUUUUAGGAUAUUAUAUACAAAGACGUUUAUGAUGGUUUUAAAAUGUUGUGAUUUAGAGAAAUCAUACAGCUCGUAGAUUGAUGAUACAAAUAUGAUGUAUUUGCUCCCAUCUCUUCAGAGUUGGGAACUGUCCCUGCAAAUACAACUUCUCAGAUGACGGGAAGAAGCUUAAUCCCAGACGCGACGUCCCAAGUUAUCCAAAGGUACGGAAUUAGGGGAUUCUAGUAGUAUACAGCAGGCUAUACAUUUUUUUCUCUUACCUAAAGAUAUUCAUCACUUUGACAUCAUUAAUCCUAGGACUGACGCUGUGACUUCUCUCUCAUUUCUACAGUACACCUUAUCCCAGGAGACUAUUGAAGCACUGAAGAAGCCAACAUUCGAUGUCUGGCAUUGGGAACACAAUGAGGUUAGUUCUCUUGAGAUUCAUCUAUCAUCUAAUAUCUAUCAUAUUUCCAUCCUGGCCUAUAUAAUCACAUUUUUGUAGUAAAACAUUUUGAAGUAUUUUCUCAAAUUGUGAACUUAAAGGAAUACUACACUCAAAAACGAUCAUUUGUUUUGUUCAUUAGUCCAAUCCCAAUUAUUUUUGCAUGUCAGCAAUCAAGUUUUCAAGAUAGAGCACUUGUUGUGCCUUAUGAUUAUGCGUGUAGUAUUAUUUGAACUGUGUCUUUGAUCGGUGGUUUAGAUGCUCAGCUGCUUGGAGUACAUGUACCACGACCUGGGACUGGUGAAGGAAUUCAACAUGAACCCCAUCACUCUCAAACGCUGGCUGGUAAAAGUAUAACUGUAGAAAAGCAAUUACCUCAAUGUGCAAGUGAUAUGGAACAACGACUUCAAAGAAUUGAUGACUAUUUGGAUAGUUUGAUCGACAGCUUUCUUUCUCACAGCUGGGCAUUCAGGAGAACUAUCGCAGCAACCCGUUCCACAACUUCCGCCACUGCUUCUGUGUCAGUCAGAUGAUGUAUGGCAUGAUUAACCUGUGUAACCUGCCGGUAAGAAACGACUGUAAUAAUAUAAUAUAAUACAUGCCAUUUACCAGACACACAUGGUCUAUAACUAGGGUCCAGAUUUUUUUCCUUGUCAGGUCAGGUGGUCAGGAAAACCUCCUGGCACCUUGUAUUAGAGAUUUAUAGUAGACAUAACGUGCUGUGUGUGUACCUCAGGAGAAGAUGACUCUGACGGACAUGGGCAUUCUCAUGACAGCUGCAGUGUGCCACGACCUGGACCACCCCGGCUACAACAACACGUAAGCGCCCAAAGGUUCCUACUCUGCGCCUCAGUUCCCACUGCUCUAUAGCCUUGACUAGAUCUCUGAAUAGAUGUUGAUGAUAGACACAAUAUUGAUGUGUUCAUUCACAAAUAUAUAUUUUUCGAACUUCUUCAAUUAUGUUAUUACAUUGUGGAAAUGGUCCAAUCUCUGCUUCCAGGUUUGAUGUAAGGUCCGAAGUUCCUUCCUAACCAUGUGACAUGACCAGGGUAAAACUCUGGGCCCUAGUGAUAGGCUUCCCUGGUCAGGUCAUGUUGUCAAAGGAAAACUCCUGGUAUUCGGCAUGUCAGAGGUUUAUUUUGCUCGUCAGGUACCAGAUCAACGCUCGCACAGAGAUGGCCGUGCGUUACAACGAUAUAUCUCCCCUGGAGAACCAUCACUGCGCCGUGGCCUUCCAGAUCCUCUCACUGCCCGAGUGCAACAUAUUCGCCAACGUCGAAUUGGAGGCCUACAAGCAGAUCAGACAGGUAGGUGGUGUCCCAGGCUAAUGCACAGUGAUUCUUCCUGCCUCCCAAAUGGAACCCUAUUACCUACAUAGUGCACCACUAUUGACAGAAGUAGUGCACUAUAUAGGGAAUAGAGUGCCAUUUGGGAUGUAACCUUUGUCUUUUUGCAUUUCCUUCUCUCCAACUAACCACGAGAUGUUUUGAGUUGGCCUAAGGCAGGAUGAUUCCAUCGCCCUUUACAGGCCAUCAUUACCCUGAUCUUGGCCACAGACAUGGCCCGGCACGGAGAAAUAUUAGACUCCUUCAAACAUAAAGUGGACAGCUUUGACUUCACCAAUGAGGAGCACGUCACAUGCGUACGUAUCGUACAUCACAUGACAUCAACUAUCUAUGUAUACUGUAUAUCAAGGGGUGCCAAAUAGGCAUACCUUUGUUCAGGUAUAGCCUCAGCACUUCAGCAAACAACAGAAAGUAGGAGGGGUGGUCAAUAACAAAGACUGGGAUGGAAAAAUAGGGCAUACCCAAGAAAGAGUUUAAAUAGUGGACUGGAGAUACACUAUAUAUAAAAAGGUAUGUGGACACCCCUUAAAAUGUGUGGAUUCGGCUAUUUCAGCCACACCCGUUGCUGACAGGUGUUACAGGAAGGGGUCACAGUUCCGGAGCGACCCACUAGGUGUCCUCCUCCGACAACCUUAGGCACCUCCUCACGCACAGUCUGGACUAAUCAUCAUCCUAUUGGUGUCACCUGUGUCUACCUGUUCACCUGUGUAUUUAUGUCCUCACUUCCCUGUGUUCCCUUGCUCAGUUGUCUCUGUUAGUUUCUCUAUGCUCAGCAGUACUAAUCAAUGUCUGAUCGGAGAGGUAUGUACAGGUACUCGAGAAGUGUUCUCCCUGUUUCUUUAUUAUUUCAGUCGUAGUUACUAUUUCGUAUUUUGGCUGUCAGCCUGUUUUUGGAGACUUAUUUGCUCCACCUUUCUUUUAUCGUGUUAAGUCGGUUGUUUUGAAUCCUGGCUUCGGGACCACCAGUAAAGUUUCACCAUCUCUGCAUACUGCCUACUGUCUAUCCUGCACCGCAACUGGGUCACACCUCACACCAACCCUUACAGACAGGUGUAUAAAAUCGAGCACACAGCCAUGCAAUCUCCAUAGACAAACUUUGGCAGUAGAAUGGCCUUACUGAAGAGCUCAGUGACUUUCAACGUGGCACCGUCAUAGGAUGCCACCUUUCCAACAAGUCAGUUCGUCAAAUUUCUGCCCUGAUAGAGCUGCCCCGGUCAACUGUAAGUGCUGUUACUGUGAAGUGGAAACGUCUAGGAUCAACAAUGGCUCGGCUGCGAAAUGGAAGGCCACACAAGCUCACAGAACGAGAGCGGCGAGUUUGUCCUCGAUUGCAACACUCACUACUGAGUUCCAAACUGCCUCUGGAAGCAACGUCAGCACAAAAACUGUUCUGGUUUCCAUGUCUGAGGAAUCGCACUAAGAUCACAAUGCCAAGUGUCGGCUGGAGGGGUGUAAAGCUCGCCGCCAAUGGACUCUGGAGCAGUGGAAACGCGUUCUCUGGAGUGAUGAAUCACGCUUCACCAUCAGACGGCUUCCAGUAGAACACUACCUGCCCGAAUGCAUAGUGCCAACUUUAAAGUUUGGGGGAGGAGGAAUACUGGUCUGGGGCUGUUUUUCAUGGUUCGGGCUAGCCCCUUAGUUCCAGUGAAGGGAAAUCUUAACGCUACAGCAUACAAUGACAUUGUAGACGAUUCUGUGCUUCCAACUUUGUGGCAACAGUUUGGGGAAGGCCCUUUCCUGUUUCAGCAUGACAAUGCCCCCGUCCACAAAGCGAGGUCCAUACAGAAAAGGUUUGUCGAGAUCGGUGUGGAAGAACUUAACUGGCCUGCACAGAGCCCUGACCUCAACCCCAUCGAACACUUUUGGGAUGAAUUCGCCCAACAUCAGUGCACAACCUCACUAAUGCUCUUGUGGCUGAAUUGAAACAAGUCCCUUGAGCAGCAAUGUUCCAACAUCUAGUGGAAAGCCUUUCCAGAAGAGUGGAGGCUUUUAUAGCAGCAAAGGGGGGACUAACUCCAUAUUAAUGGCCAUGAUUUUGGAAUGAGAUGUUCGACGAGCAGGUGUCCACAUACUUUUGGUCAUGUAGUGUAUAAUGUGAUUGUAAUGGAGUUAAGAACGUACUGUAAGCUCACUCCACAGCUAUCUUUAAAUGUCGCAGAUGGAGCUAUCGAAUUAGAUAUUUUGAUAGCUCAAACGAUUGGUAUGCUGUAAAGGAGGGCGGUCACGUGUGUCUGCAAGCAGAGGAUCACUAGUUCAAGCCCGAUAUGGGGACAAGGACAGUGGAGGAGGCUAAACUGUUAGCAGCACACUGAUGUCCGUUUCAUGAUGUCAGUCUGGUCCAUCCUAUGGAAUAAAUCCAGAGGGUUCUAAGAUAAAGUACCUGUGUUAAUCUUAAAUGCUCCAAAGCCUUUUACCACAAGUACAGUGCCGUUAAAAAGUAUUUGCCCACUUUUCUUAUUUUCUCUAGUUUUGCAUAUUUUUGAUACUGAUUGUUAUCAGAUCUUCAACCAAAACCUAAUUUUAGAUAAAGGGAACCUGAGUGAACAAAUAACACAACAAUGACUUACUUAUUUCAUUUAUUUCAUUAACAAAGUUAUGCAAAAACCAAUGCCCCUGUGUGAAAAAAGAAUUGCCCCUUUACACCCAAUAACUGGUUGUACCACCUUUAGCUGCAAUGACUCCAACCAAACGCUUCCUGUAGUUGUUGAUCAGUCUCUCACGUCACUCUGGAGGAAUUUUGGCCCAAACUUCCAUGCAGAACUGCUGUAACUCAGCGACAUCUGUGGGUUUUCAAGAAUGGGACCCAUGUCGUCCAAAAAGUUAUAAUUUUGAAUAAUCUGUCCAUAAAACAUUCUUCCAAGAGUCUUGAUGAUCAUCCAGGUGCUUCCAGGUGCUUUUUUGAAAACUUUAGCCAACAUUUUGGACGACAUGGGUCCCAUUAUGCCUGGCGACAACCAAACACUGCAUCCCACACUAAGAACCUCAUACCAACGGUCAAGCAUGGUGGUGGUAGUGUUAUGGUUUGAGAAUGUCAGGCCAUCUGUCUGUGAGCUGAAGCUGAAGCGCAGUUGGGUCAUGCAGCAAGACAAUGAUCCAAAACACACAAUCAAGUCUACUUGAAAAUGGCUAAAAUAAAUAAAAUGAGUAUAAAAUGUUUUCGAUAUUUGUAAACUCAGGUUUUGGUUGAAGAUCUGAUAACAUUCAGAAUAAAAAAUUAUGCAAAAAUAUAGAAAAUCAGAAAGGGGACAAAUACUUUUACAAGGAACUGUAGACCUUUCCUGAAAAGUCAAAAUAGCUAGCCAAUGCUAAAAACUAUGGUUGUGUUGACAUAAUGCAUGGUGAAAAGGUCUCUUUAUUCUUUGUCCGUUUGUGUGCAGCUGAAGAUGGUUUUGAUCAAAUGCUGUGACAUCUCCAACGAGGUCCGGCCUACAGAGGUGGCCGAACCCUGGGUGGACUGUCUGCUGGAGGAGUAUUUCAUGCAGGUGACCUCAAUCAAGUCUAAUUAUGUCUAAUAAUAAUAAUGUCUAAUAAUGUGUAAUAAUAAAGUCUAAUAAUAGUGAGUCUAGUAGCGUGUUGAUUGGAUUUAUGGAGUGAAAACAGGCUCAGCUGUCACUCUUGAAGUUGCAUGUGCUUUAUUUAGAAGAGUAAAAAUCAUUGACAUUUCGGCCAUCUUGGCCUUCAUCAGAAUGAGUCUAUUGAUUAGAAUGAUGUCAUGAAAGAGUGGAGUGACAUGUUCAAACCCUCCUGUCUCUGGAAUGGACAGAGUGACAGGGAGAAGACUGAAGGGCUGCCGGUGGCUCCGUUCAUGGACAGAGACAAAGUGACCAAGCCCACUGCCCAGAUCGGAUUCAUCAAGUUUGUCCUCAUCCCAAUGUUUGAGACAGUCAUGAAGGUAGGCGUGUGUGCUUGAACUACAAAGCAAUGUCACAAUAUUAGAUUGACAUAGUGUGUGCAUGUGUGCCGCCUGUGAGUGUUUGCGUGUGCUUCCGUUUGUACACGUCUCUUAUAUUUCAUGACCUUUUGAAAACAAUGCCAGUGCAUAAUUGCAUAUUGACUAGAAAAGGCUGCUGUCCUGAAUCCCUAGACCAUCCUCCGCUGUGUGUGUUGCAGCUCUUCCCCCAGAUUGAGGAGAUCAUGGUGCAGCCUCUGAGAGACUCUAGAGACCACUAUGAGGAGCUGAAGCAGAUCGAUGACGCCAUGACAGAGGUAGGACAUCUGUUCACACUUAAUAAUUACACUGUCCUUCAGGGUUGGAGUCAAUUCCAUUUCAAUUCCAGUCAACUCAGAAAGUAAACCAAAUUCCAAUUCCAAUUUCCAAUUUUCCUAAUUGAAAAACAUUGGAGAAAAUUGGAAUUUCUUAUUACUCACGAUCAACCAGGGUAUUUGUAUCGGGGGGAAUUACACGUCUGUGUCCAACCACUUUCUAACAUAAAGGUGUGUCUUUUGUUCAACGAGGCACAGAAGAAAAAAACUGAAAAUAUGUCAUUAGGAGGGAAGAAGAAGUAAGCUUUGCUGCUGCUACGAGUGCAGUGGUGCUGUGUAAGUAACUGACUCUGAUUGGACUGUAGUGUUAGCCCUGAGUGCCCUCUCUCUUCUGCCUCUCUCUAGUCUGCCAACAACAACACUGCUGCAAGCUAG